CGUGCAUUGACGAACCGCUUCUCCGUUCGCGCCUUCCGCAGCGAGACGCGCCCAGCAUGCCGAUGCACUGCCCCUACAACAUUGGCGACUACACGGACAGCCAGUUCCUUGAGGCGUUUGUGCAGUUCUGCGCCACGUACCAUGCUGCCGAUGUGGAGAGCAUUCUGCUCGCACCCAAUGCCGACCAGCACUACAGCGUGUCAAUCAAUGUCUUGGAUAUCAUCGACUCCAACCACCAGACUGGAACGUUGCUGCUGGCCUUUCCGCUCACCCUCUUGCCGAUUUUUGACAACGCCAUCCGACAAUGCGAGGCUCUCAUGCUUGAACGCUCAGAAGGGUGCUCCGAAAUGAUUUACAAGAAUAACGUCCAUGCACGUUUGUCCAAUCUUCCGAUUUGCGCCGAAGUGACUCGCGCACAGCUGCCACGGUCGACAGACAUUGGACAGUUUUUGUCCAUUUCAGGCACCGUGACACGAACAGGCGGUGUUCGCAUGCUGGAGUUUGAGCGCGAGUUUUCCUGCGAGAAAUGUAAAGGAACCUUCCGAGUGCAGGCCGAGUUUGAACAAUUUCACUCCAUCCCACGCCCCUCGCGCUGCCCGCACCUGGACGAGAAAGGCAUGCCCUGCAAGUCGACCAAGUUUCGCGAAGCAGAAACGGCCCUCACUAUGAACAGCUCCCAGUUUUGUCGCGAUCACCAAGAAAUCAAAAUUCAAGAGCAGGUGCAGCGGCUGGCCAUUGGCACGAUUCCUCGCUCCAUGACAUGCAUUCUAGAAAACGAUCUAGUGGACGCUUGCAAGGCAGGCGACGAUGUCACCAUCACGGGCAUUGUAUUGACACGAUGGCGACCAGUGUCUGGGGCUUCUUCGUCGGUGGCGACAGCUGCCGCCGCCAUUGCCACGGGCACCGAAAGCGCUGCAGUGUUGGCAGGUACCACUGGCGCACACAUCACAGUCCCUCAAGCAGGGGCAAGCAGCAAUGCUGCUUCCUUGAUGACUGCGAGCGCUACAACGGCUGCUGGGGCUGCGGCGAACGACAACCGCUGCGACUUGGAGAUGGUCUUGUACGCCAAUCACAUUCGCGUGAACAAUGAGCAACGGUCGCGCGUGGUUGUCACGGACGAGCUGCGUGCCAGCUUUGUGGACUAUUGGAGCGCAUACGCAGACAAGCCCCUCGCCGGUCGAAACCGCUUGCUGCGCGCAUUCUGCCCUCAAGUUUUUGGCAUGUAUCUCGUCAAGCUCGCCGUCAGCAUGGUGCUCAUCGGCGGCGUCCAGCACACGGACAAGUCAGGAUUGAAAAUUCGUGGAGAAUCGCACAUGCUGCUCGUGGGCGAUCCAGGCACUGGCAAAUCACAAUUCCUCAAGUACGCUGCCAAGGUCAUUCCGCGAUCCGUGGUGACGACGGGCAUCGGUACGACGAGCGCCGGCUUGACCGUCACUGCCGUCAAAGACUCUGGCGAGUGGCAGUUGGAGGCCGGCGCGUUGGUGCUUGCUGACGGCGGACUCUGCUGCAUUGACGAGUUUGCCAGCAUUCGCGAGCACGACCGCGCCACCAUUCACGAGGCCAUGGAACAGCAGACCAUCAGCGUGGCAAAGGCUGGCCUGGUGUGCAAGCUCAACACACGCACCACCAUCCUUGCAGCGACCAAUCCAAAGGGCAAAUACGACGAGCGGGAGGACGUGUUUGUGAACAUUGCGAUCGCCAGUCCGCUUCUCAGUCGCUUUGACGUGAUUCUUGUGCUCAUCGACAAGGUGAACGAAGAGUGGGACCGAGUGCUGUCGACCUUCAUUCUCGAGCAGCGUCAGAAAGGCCUUGCUGGCAGUCUCAACGAAGCCGCUGCCGCAAUGAUGAACAACGACAGGCCCGCGAGCGAGUCGCAGCACGACCAUGCAGACAUGUCUCAGCAACCACUGAGCGGCAACAACCAGCACCGUCUGGACGGUGCUCGCAAUAACAUGAACAACCCCAACAAUCUGCAUGGCGGGCCAGCGCCCUUCACCUGGUCGCUCGACCGUAUCCAGGCUUACUUUUCGCUCGUGAAAACCACCAAACAUCCGCACUUGAGCGAGGCCGCGGAGCUUGUGCUGAGUCGGUACUAUCAGAUGCAACGUGCUGCAGACAAUCGCAACGCAGCGCGCACCACCAUUCGUCUGCUCGAAAGUCUUGUGCGCUUGGCUCAGGCACAUGCCCGAUUGAUGUUUCGGGACGAAACUACGCUGCAGGAUGCCAUUGUCGCGGUUGUGGUGAUUGAAUCCUCGUUGCAAGGUGCGGCGCUGCUUGGCAUGGCCGACGCGUUGCACGAAGCAUUUCCUGACGACCCAGAUGAAAAUUACCUCUUCCAGCGCACCAUUGUCCUCCAGCGCCUGAGCCUGGUUGGACUCGAGUCAGUGGAGACCCGAGGCGGGCCAGGUGACGGGGCAGGCGCGAUGGCUGCCGAUGCACCCAGCGCGUCGCAGCAGCGAGGAACCCAAGCUCUGGGUUUAUCGUCGCAGUUUGGGCACUUGCUCAUUCCCUCUCGACAAGCAUCUGCCGCUGGCACAGCAACACGCGCCCAGCCGCCCAGCAGCAGCGACGAGGACGACAACAUGGACGAUGUCCCGGACAGCCAGCUUUCGUUGAUCGGGCGCCAACAGCGCCGCCAGGCUCGUGGUGGGACGCAGUCAGCACCCUCGGCAAGUUCUGCAGGAGCCGCUGCUGCUGCUGCUGCUGCUGGGAAAUGGUCGUCCUUCUUGCGCGAGCCUGUGCCAAGUACCACAGCGCACGACCAGCCUGGCAUUACUGGCUCAGCCUUGAACGUUGCGUUUGGCGCUGAUUCUGCUCGCAAUCGUGCCACACUCGUGCAAGAGCUGAUUGUGGACGACGAAGGGAAUAUGGUUUUGGCAGAUACCACCCUGCCAGAACAGAGCCAUCGUUCUGCAAUCGCCAAGAACGACCGAAACAGCUCAACGCACGCACAUAGUUCAGCUGUUGCCGCAAUGCCAAGCAAAAGGCGACGCGAGCCCGCUAACUCUGUUGGUUUGGAAGAUGAUGAUCAUGAUGAUGAUGAUGAUGAUGUUGAUGAUCGUCCUGGCGAGCAGCGGCAUGAAGCUGCAGCGCCUUCCCGACGAGAAUCUGCCUCUCACAAGAAACGCCGGAAGAGGCAAGCAUCCAGCUCGAUGGAUGAGCACGACGACGAUGAGAAUGAUAAUAGCAACAACAGUCCUCGCAGGCGGUCAGCUGGACGUCGUUCCAAACAGCGACACGGCCAUCGAUCGUCCAGGAGGCGAACGGCCUCGGGUGACGACGCAGCGCCAGAGAUGCGGCCAGCUACCGACUUGCUGGCGGCUAACAGCGAUUCGGACGCCGAUUUUGGCAAGAUGGCUGGCGUAGGGCUGCCUCCAGACGAGAUGCCUGGCACACAAAAUUCGCUUGUAUCAAUGCUGUCCGUGGGCGGAACUCCGUCUGCCGCUGCUCCUCCGCCAGCUGCGCUUGUACCAGCUGCGCUUGUGCCAGCCAAGUCGGUGGCGACUCCAGGUUCCCAGACUGAUUCUUCACCAAUUUCCUCGUCCGUGCAAGCGGCUCUUGCGCGCUUUCGCUUUGUUCCUCGACCUGCUGCUGACGCUCCUCUCCCUCCCCGUCCUGCAACGAUCUCUACAGCUCAUUCGGCCCCAGUUGCCGCUGCACCCGCUGUGGCGGCGCCUACCAUUCCAACGCUGCAGGAAUUUAUCGCUUUCAAGAACGCGCAACCCGAGCCUGUUGCCCCUGCUGCUUUACAAAUGAUGGAUACGAGUGACGAUACGGACGCUCUUGAAGUUGAUCUUCACAUGUAAGAGAAAGGCCGCCCUGCGAUCAAUUGUAAAAGUUUGAAUCGUAAAAGAAAAUCCCA